AUGGAGUCUUUCGACAUCAUCAAUGAAAACGAUUGGAAACUUGAUUCACAGGAAAUUAUGGAAGAAGAUGUUCACAAGAUAGUGCAAAGGAGCAUCAAAGACAAGAAGGAGUACGAACGACGGAUAGCGAUCCUUCAGCAGGAGAAGGGAUUUCUUGAGCAACGAGAAAAAGAAGCGCUGGCUAGAGAGCAGGAGCUUGUUUCCCGAUUCGACAAGCUCAAGAUACAAGCAGAAGAAGAGCAGAGGAAACUCGAAGCAGAACUGAUUGAAAUCCGGUCUCAAUACGAGCACAGGAUCGCAUGUCUAGACUCUCAGCUGCAGCAGGAACAAGAGAAAUUCCUGAAACUGCAAGAAGAGAUGCAUCUGGAAAGAAAGGAGCUCGAAGGGAGGUUGGAAGCGAGUGAAAUGGAGAGGAAGGAGGUUGAGAGGGACUUGAUGCAGAAGUAUGAGGCAGAGCGAGCGAGCUACAUGUCGGAUGUUGAAAGAGCCAAUAGCCAGAGCGAGGAAACGAGAGAUCAGAUGUUGGAGCUGGGGAAGGAAAACCUGUCUCUGCAGCAGUCUCUCACCCUCUACAUGGAGAUGGAAGCCAAGCAGUCAAGGGCGAUCGGCGAGAUGUCGAGCGCAGUGAGAGAAGCACACGCAAAGAUCCAGGAGCUGGAGAGUGAGCUGGAAAGGAAGCGGGAGGAGUGCGACGGGGCUCGCGAGAUGUUGGAGCGGCAGAAGAGCGAGAUGCAUGCGCUGCAAGCUCACAUGCAGGAGGAGGAGGAGUCGAAGGCCAAGGAGCUGGGUGAGGUGGAGAGGCUGCUGGCCGAUAAGGAGAAGCUGGUGGAGCAAGUGGAGGAAGCAACACUAGAGCUGGAGAGAGCGCGAUCAGAGUCGCAAGCAGCGCUCCUGCUGGCGGAGAGCCAGUGGCAGCAGGCGCUCUCGGAGCAGAAGGAGCUGUGGAGGGAGCAGCAGAGAGAACUGCAUUCUACCAACGAGAAGAGCAGGGAGGGGAUUCAGAGCAUGUACCAGAGCCAGAUCAGCGUGUUCACCGAGCAGAUCGAAGUGAUGCAGGAGAGGAUGAAUGACCUUGAAGGCUCGCUGGCAGCCAAGGACGGGGAAAUCUCUGAGCUCAUGGAGGCGAUUGAAGAGCUCGAGCAAGAGAAAAAGAAAGAGCUGCAGGCCUCAGAGUACGAGAAGCGAGCAGAAAUGCUGAAGCUGGAACAUGAGAACAGAGAGAAGAUGAGCAAGCUGGAGAGUAAGUUUCAGCGGGAGAAGCAUGCGCUACGAUCCUUCGUCUUUUCCACUGCAAAGAGCAUGAUAGCUCAUCUCAACAUGGAGAAGGCGUUAAGGAACGUAAACCUUGAGGAUUCAUCGGAUGAGGAGAUGAGCGUCAACUGA